UGCGCUGGGGACUCGCCGCGGUGAUGUAGCAGCGUGGGAGGGGCCGAGGCCAGUGCCGUCCAUCCACCGGCCGCCCCGAUCCUGUGGUGAGUCCGCGCGCCGAGCGGCAGAGCGGGCGCCCGUGGGCUCGGCAGGAGUGGCCGUACCCUCUGCGGCGCCGCCAUGGACGCAGAGGCCGCGCGCAGCUAUUCUCUGGAGCAAGUUCAAGCUUUGUAUUCAUUUCCAUUUCAACAAAUGAUGGCAGAAGUUCCUAACAUGGCAGUCACGACUGGACAGCAGACGCCAGCAGUAGCUCCUAGCAUGGCAACCGUGACUGAACAGCAGAUGCCCGCAGAAGCUCCUGCCCAGGAACCUGCACCAGAAGCUCCAAAGAGAAGGAAAAGGAAACCCAGAGCAGUAGAGCCCCAGGAACCAGUGGAGCCCAAGAAACCUGCUACGUCAAAGAAAUCCGGCAAGUCCACAAAAUCAAAAGAAAAGCAAGAGAAAAUCACAGACGCAUUUAAAGUGAAAAGGAAAGUGGACCGUUUCAACGGCGUCUCUGAAGCCGAGCUUCUGACCAAGACUCUGCCUGACAUCCUGACCUUCAAUCUGGAUAUUGUGAUUAUUGGCAUUAACCCGGGAUUAAUGGCUGCUUACAAAGGACAUCACUACCCUGGGCCUGGAAAUCACUUCUGGAAGUGUCUGUUCAUGUCGGGGCUGAGUGAGGUGCAGCUGAAUCACAUGGAUGACCACACCUUACCCGGGAAAUACGGCAUUGGAUUCACCAACAUGGUGGAAAGGACGACGCCAGGCAGCAAGGAUCUGUCUAGUAAAGAGUUCCGGGAAGGAGGGCGCAUCCUGGUGCAGAAACUGCAGAAAUACCAGCCACGAAUAGCAGUGUUUAAUGGAAAAUGUAUUUAUGAAAUUUUCAGUAAAGAAGUUUUUGGAGUAAAGGUUAAGAACUUGGAAUUUGGGCUUCAACCCCACAAGAUCCCAGACACAGAAACUCUUUGCUACGUCAUGCCAUCGUCCAGUGCCAGAUGUGCUCAGUUUCCCCGGGCCCAGGACAAAGUUCAUUACUACAUUAAGCUGAAGGACUUGAGAGACCAGCUGAAAGGCAUUGAACGCAACUCGGACAUUCAGGAAGUGCAGUAUACAUUUGACCUGCAGCUUGCGCAAGAGGAUGCAAAGAAGAUGGCUGUUAAGGAAGAAAAGUAUGAUCCAGGCUAUGAGGCAGCAUACGGCGGCGCCUAUGGUGAAAACCCAUGCAAUGGUGAACCUUGUGGCAUUGCUUCAAAUGGGCUAACAGCCCACAGUGCGGAGCCAAGAGGAGAAGCAGCUCCCGGUGACGUUCCGAAUGGGCAGUGGACGGCGCAGUCGUUUACAGAACAGAUCCCUUUUGAUAACUGUGGGACCCGAGAGCAGGAAGAGGGGAGCCACGCCUAGGAAGAUGCCUCUCACUCAGGCUCAGGGCUGCAGCUCCAAUGCAGACGUCAGGACGGAGAACCUCAUGCUGACUGAGGGGCUUAGUGUUAAUAGUCCUUACACUAGUGGUGUAAUUAUAUAUGGAGCAGUUAUAUGGUAGAGUCAACUGUAUGGAUCUGUGUAGUUUGGAAAGGAAAAAUAGGGUGUUUUGUACUUGAGUUUUGUAUUUGAAUUACCCAUCAUUCCAGCUUUUUAUAUACUAUAUUUCAUUUAUGAAGAAACUGGUUUUCUCUGAGGAGUCACUUCAAUCUAUAAUUUUAAAAAAGCAACAGUGGAAAUAUUUAUAAUUCACUGUGCAUACCUAUAUAUGCCCUUAACCCUUUAAAUGCCUAAGAAGGGCAUGCUAGUAAUAAUCAGGCCAGUGAAAAGGCAGACGUGCCUGUCUCUUUUUGAAGCUGACCAACCCUCCGUGUACUCGAAGCUGGAGGUUGGACUCAGAACCCUCUGGAUUGCAGUCACACGCAGAACCUCUUACUCUCCCAGUGGUGUGUGUGGCAGUUGCUUGGUAAUAGAAACCUGAUGGGGCCUGAGCCCUGCCGUUGGCCUCUGCCUCUUCUGUGUUAAUCCUCUCAGAGACAGGAACAGGUUCCUGAGAACGCAGUAGAACCUGGACAGUUGCCACUCCUCUGUUUUACUGAAUUCCCCAUCAGUGUUCAUCACUGUUCUGAUUUUAUCCCUGACAUGGAAAGUGCUAAAAAAUGAACUUUCCAGUUAGCAACGUGAUGCUUCAGGUGUUUGAUAACCCUGUAUAAACUGGUGCUGUGUACAUGGGAUGUACUAAUACAGAACUUCUCUUGCUAGGGAAAGCUAAUCAUUUAUCAAUAAUUUAAAAAUUAUUGUCACUGCUGUGGACUAAGUGAGCCUCGUGAAAGAGCUGAUUGGAGUUUGUACCUUUGUGGCUGCUCGUGCAUUUUCCAUGGUGCUGCAGACCACCGGCCAGGGCUGGUAGCUAGGAAACAUGCGUGUUCAGAGAUGCCUAGCGCGCUCACUCCUGAGCACUCACAAGUCCUCUGACUUGAUGCACACCCCUGGAGCAUGCUGGUUUGGCAGUAUGAAAUGCCCACGAGGGUUUUGUAUCUUACAGAAUUAUGUAGCCUGUUCUGUGAAUAAUGAGAGAAACAGUUUCUUGGUGGAAAUUUUAACAUGCCUUUAGCUGUGGCAGUGAUGGGCUUUCUUUUUCCUUCAGUCUGGGUCAGGCUGUGCACAAGUCAUGUUAUUUUAUUUGGAAGGUGCACUGCACUGCUGUUUACAUGGGCAUUUUAUGCGGGUGCUUUGAAGUGCCUUGCAUCAGGGAUUAGGAUCAAUUAUUUUUUUCAUGGGACUAUGUAAAGCAUGUGGUAUUGCCUUGGUGUGUAACUAUUGUAGCUUUACCAUGGAGAAAUACCUUUAAAUUAUGACUCUGGAGAGCGGCCAUGAGGACCCUCUGAGUACUUCCUGGUGCUUUUCCUUAACGUGGUAAGUGAGUAGCGAGCGCGGUGUGCCCUGUACAUGACAGGGUGGGGUGUUUUCAUUAAAUAAUACUGAGAUUUUAAACAUGUGCAAGUCUGAGCGUUUUUUACAAUAAACAUUAAGAAUGGCUAUGCUUACUAUACCAGCUCUUCUCUAGCAGGAUUUAAUGGUAUUCCU